AAAAGGGAGGAUCAGUGCUGGUUAAAGACGGUUUGUCCUGUGACGAUGCCUCACAUAAUACUGGCCAUGAAGAAUUUGAGGAGGAUGAUGAGCUGAACAGGAUUAGGGUUAAGUUUGUGGAUAGCGCAAACAAAGAUCGUGUCUUGAAUGAUGGCCAGAAGCUUGGAGAACACGUUCUGCCAACUUACCCUGCGGCCGAAAAUUCCAUUAGGCAUCGUUUGGCCCUGUUAAUCACCAACAUAACGUUUAAUGAUACCAGUUUAAACCGAAAGGGAGCUGAUAGGGACGAGGAGAACAUGGACACACUGCUCGUUGCAUUGGGAUACGAAGUGGUGAAACUCACUGACUCACGGGAAAUGCAACAGACUACUAAGAAAUUGAAAGAGCAUGAUGAGUUGCACAACAACAUUUACCAUCACUUGGGUCCGGAGAGAUGUCCCGCGCUGCUGGACAAACCCAAGAUCACCAUCCAGGCCUGCAGAGGAGGCUCCCCGAUCAUUAGUCAGCUAUUAGAAAAAGAUUUCCUUGCUCUUCUGUCCUGCACUCCUGAUACUGUCUCAUACCGACAAAAAGAUCGUGGGUCUCUUCUCAUCCAGUAUUUUGUGAAGGUAUUGAACACCUCUGCACACGUGGAUGACAUUGAAGAACUUUUCAGAAAAGUCAUGCAACGUUUCGAGGACUUUUCCGUGAACAACAAAAGACAGAUGCCGACCAAAGACAGAGUCACUUUGACAAGGCGCUUCUACUUCUUUCCAGGCAUCUGAGGCCGGAUUUACUGUCGUUUCCCUGUUGUGCCUGGUAGCCACAUUAUAUGCAUGCAAUAGUUAAUAAGAUGAAAUGGAAACAUUCUUAUGGAUGAAUUACUGAAUGGGCCUAACAAGUACAGGCCAAAAGGUUAAAGGGGCAGAGCAAAAAAGACUGCUGAGAGACGCAUGGCAAAUGAAGAGAUGUAAACUGACUUUCUUUUACUGUUGGUGUUUGGCUCUUUUAAAGUAGGGGUGGCGGGCCUUUUACAUGUCUGUGUCCAGGGGCCUUUCGUGUAAUUGUUAAUAUUUGAUGAAAUCUUAUCAUUUAUCAAUAUCAUCAUUUAUACUUUUAUAUAAUUGGUUGUGUGAAAGCCUUUUAAUGAAAUGGACACAAGUGGUGGCAUUUAUUGACCAUGCAGGGACUAUUUUAGGGACUUAAGGUGCAUAAUUAAUCUCACUUUUUGGAACAUAGGUGCAAUAUUCAUAUGGAAUGGGUAUUUACUUUUUAUGGUUUGUAUUAAUUUUGUCCAUGUUUUAAAAUACAAAUAAACUUUACUAUCUCUAAAUUGUGUCCUUACUUGAGUAGG